AGUCCACUGCUCCAGUAGUACCACGGACUACGGACCGACCUGUUUAAAAGCUCCUGCGUCGGCCGUAUUCAGUAGUCCAUCCGGAGCUUCUCCUCAUUGUCGACUUGUUUGCUUCUCCACUUGUACACUUGGUUCGGUGGUUCCCAGGUCAAUUCCAAGAGCCCAUCUUCUUCUUCCACUUUCCAUUAAGACCUUCCAUUAUCAGUAGUCGACUGUGUCACAAGGGCAAAGGGCAUUGCUAUUGACCUUUGGUUCUUCCGGAAAUCUCUCUUCUCUCUCUCCCUCUCCUCCUUGGGCCUUGACUCUCAAGCUAUCCUUAGAAUCGCCACAAAUACAGCUUAGAAAGCUCAAAAACCUGCGAUUGUCACGUCUUUUUCGUUCAAUUGUCGACAUACUAUCAUAGACAAUAUGAUCUUCUCUCGUACUCUGAUUGUCGCCGCCUCGAUGGUCGGGCUGGUCAGCAGCCAAACUUGGACUGCCGUGAACAUCAGUGCCAUUGACCCCGCCACACGAAGCAAAUGGUGUCUCGAUCAGACCUCGUCCUGUCCCCUCCUCUGUCUCCAAAUCAAUGCCACUAGCGAUCCAAAACAGAACGAGUGCGACUCUGAUUCUCUCUCUUACCAGUGUGUUUGCUCCAACGGCAUCUCUCCAAACACCUCCGAAUACUCUCAGACGAUUCCCUACUACCUCUGCACCGAGGCCAACACCGAGUGUGUUGAUCGAUGCUCCAGCGCCGACUCGGCCUGUCAGUCUGCUUGUCGCUCUGAUCACCCUUGUGGAGCUCAAAAUCCCACGCGCCACAAUGUCACUACGACCAGUGCCACAUCGAACCCUACCAACAAUCCUGCUACGACCACGACUCUGGCCGCAUUCACAGGAGAAGCCACGAGCAAGAACGCGGCCGUCAGGAUCUCGUCCGUUGACAUCGGCCAUGUGUAUGGUCUGUGUGUUGUGGUGGGUGGCUUCAUUGCUGGAUUCGCAGUGCUGCUGUAAACUGCUGGCGUGAACCCCACUAGACUGUGCGCUGUACAUUGAUACAGCUUGGGAUAGUUUUCUGGAUUGUAAUUUCUUCUUGUUGAUGUUAUUCUAAGACAUUGUCAGCGUCAUUUCAUGUCUCUAUUUCUGUUUUCCUUGCAUACAGCAUGGAGUCCCCGCUAUCGUCAUUCCAAGCUUAUUCUUUUCAAGACUUUGCGGUGGCCUUAUUUUGUUCUGUGACAUGUUGAUCAACUUUCACGACCUAUGCCUAUCAUAAUCAUAAUCACGGUGCUUCCUCUGGAUUCGUUGCAAAUACAUCUUUAU